CAGGGUUCUAUGACUCUGAAGGAAGUAAUAGAAAACUUCUAAGAAAUAUGGCAACCUUUUCAUUUUCUGUCUACUCAUUACGUGCGUACAUGAAACUUUGAAAGAAUAAAGUAUGCCAAAAUUUCAGUUUGUUUUACAAGUGUAAUAAAUACAUUAUUGGAUAUAGAAUUUUGUGUUGUACCAGACAGCUACAUUCUACGUUAAACAUGUCACCACCAAAAGAUUCAGUAAGGUACUUAAUUGUGGACAUGCAAACAGCCACCGUUCCCUACGUAGCAGUUGUUUCACAUUUAUGGGUGAGAGAUGGGAAUAAGUGUGUGUACCCAAAUACAAGAGGAGACAUCUCUGCAAUCCGACAAGAAGUACCAACAGACAAACUGGAUAUUUAUAAUUGUGUGAUUCGUAAAGAAUUUGCCAGGGAAAAACUACAACGUGCUUGCGAACAAAGUGACAUUACUUCUCCAUCUGAAGAUGACACUAGAGUUGGCAAGGGCUGCCGCCGAAAAACACCAGUGGUGAGGUAUUCCCCUACUCCGUGUAUCACCUCUGAGGAUUCCGACGACAGUUUUGAACACAGCUAUGGCAGUACCCAGGGUUUACCUCCUGUGCCACUACCGUCAGGAUUUCCAUCACCAUUAAACAAGAAAGAUGACGGCCAGCGUACUGUUGAGCAUAUGGAAACUGUAACCGCAAACUACACAAGUAAUGGGGGAUGCUGACGUUCGCCCGACAAAACUUUUCAUCGACACCUUUUCGACUUACUUUCGACAGGAGGCGACACUACCUCGACAAAUAUGCGAAACGAUUUCGACAAUAAAUGCGAAAGUAUUUCGACAAAUAUGCGAGACUAUUUCGACAAAUUUGCGAAAGUACUUGGACAAAUAUGCGAGACUUUUUCGACAAAUUUGCGAAAGUACUUCGACAAAUAUGCGAGACUGUUUCGACAAUUGAACCGUCUUAAAAGGAAUUUGUAUGCUGUCUGUUGAGCCAUUAGCCCUUUAGCCCCAAUCGCCGUGUUUUGUUUGAUUGGAAUGUUUAACAGUUGUCUGCUACUAUUAGCUGUUUAACAGUUGUCAGCGCUUAUUAGCUGUCAAAAUUUUAGUUAUCUACUACUUUUUAUCACAAACAUAAAGCAAAGAGAAGACAUUUUCUAAAAGGAAAACAAUUAAAUCAAUCGAACCUGAAGAAGAAAUUUCG